UCGCUAUACCAUGUUGCGACUCUCGCUGCUUCUGGCCACGACGCUCACGUUGGUGCUGUGCCGGAGUCUUCCCAGUAACCGGGAUGAGGACCUGGUCUGUCCCGACGGAUGGACGCUGCUGGAGUCCUCGUGCUUCCUGGUGACAGAAUCGUCAGGCAACUGGUUCGAAGGGCAAGACUUCUGCAAGAGCUUGGAGGCCUCGCUAGCCACUGUGUCCAGUGCUUCUCUACAAACAGCACUCUCGGGCAUGCUGAAAGGAAACACCUGGAUUGGUCUCACUGAUCUCAAGAAUGACCACAGUUAUUCAUGGGCUGAUGGAACUCCCUUCGAGUUUUCCAGCUGGGCAGAAGAUGAACCCAGUAACUCGGGAACCUUCUGGGUAUUUGGCGAGAGAGAAGACUGCGUUGAGAUGCGACAAGAAUUCCAGUAUCUCUGGAAUGACGCUCACUGUGAUGACGUCAAGCUAUUCACGUGCAGUCGUCCAGCUGACCCAGCGCCCACCACCACAACCACCACCACAACCACAACAACUACCACCACUCCAGCACCCGCCUGUGAGGAAGGAUGGGAGAUUCACGAGCUGUCUUGCUACCUAGUGAGUGAAGCUGUCGCCUCGUGGGAGGGCGCCAAAGGCAACUGCAGUGGUCUCGGGGGCGUGCUGGCUUCCAUCACCAGCGAGGACGAGCAGGCCUUCGUGAGCGGUCUGUUGACUCGCAGUGCCUGGAUUGGUCUCAGCGAUCAGGAAAUCGAAGGAGAGUAUAUCUGGGAGGACGGCAGUCCUUAUAACUAUAGAAGCUGGGAGGAAGGGGAGCCCAACAACUACUACUAUUACAUUACCCUCGGCGUGGGCGAGGACUGCGUCGAAAUGAAAAAGGACUACGACUACCGCUGGAACGACGAACUCUGUCCAGCUGAAAAGGCGUUUGUUUGCGAGCGACCUGCCGAGUAACGUCGAUGUCUCCUUCCCAGGUUGAUCUAAGGAAUAGAAUUCGUCUUCUCUAUUAGGAUACACAUUCAAGGAUCCUUGAUUUUUUCUGGACUUCUUCCUUGUACGCAAUAUGCAAUAAAUUGAACAGAGCAUU